UGGGCCCCGCGCCGCUAACGGCCGCGCUCUGCCACAGGCGGCGGCUCCUGCUCGCGCUCCCCCUCCGCAGCGCGUUAAGGAGGGGAUAAGGACCGGGCGGGGGCAGCCAGAAGCCUCCCUCCUCCGCUCUCGGCCGUGCGAGGCUGUCCCGGCGGGGCGGGCGCGGGUCAGCGCAGGCCCGGCGGCCGCAGGAAGGGGAGGGAGGCGGCGGUGGCCGUCGCCAUCAUGCGCGCGCCGCUGGGACUGCUGCGGCUGCUGGCGGCGCGGGGGUGGGGGAGGCCGCCGCGCUGCUGCCUCAGCGCCAUGGCCCGCUACGGCACGGAGCAGCGGGGGCGGUCCCACUCGCCCGAUUACCGCCUCUACUUUAAGAAUGCAGAGGGUAGAUAUAUUUCUCCAUUUCAUGACAUUCCACUGUUUGCUGAAUCUAAAGAAGAUAAAGAGAUUCCAGCAAAGAGAUCAAAGACUACUGGAAGUGAGGUACUCUUUAAUAUGAUUGUAGAAGUGCCUCGUUGGACAAACGCAAAAAUGGAGAUUGCCACUGAGGAGCCAUUGAAUCCCAUUAAACAAGAUAUAAAGAAAGGCAAGCUUCGAUAUGUUGCAAAUAUCUUUCCUCACAAGGGUUAUAUAUGGAAUUAUGGUGCCCUCCCUCAGACCUGGGAAGAUCCAAGCCACACAGAUAAAAUUACAGGAUGUUGUGGGGAUAAUGAUCCUAUUGAUGUUUGUGAAAUAGGUUCAAAGAUUCGGUCAUCUGGUGAGGUUGUUCAGGUGAAGGUCUUGGGAGUUUUAGCUCUUAUUGAUGAAGGAGAGACAGACUGGAAGAUAAUUGCUAUCAGUGUGGAUGACCCAGAAGCCCCGAAAAUCCAUGAUAUUGAUGAUGUCAGGAAGCACAAACCAGGUUACCUUGAGGCUACGAUUGACUGGUUCCAAUCAUAUAAGAUCCCAGAUGGUAAACCGGAAAAUCAGUUCGCUUUUAAUGGAGAAUUUAAAGACAAGGAUUUUGCUGUUGAAGUUGUUAAAUCCACCCAUGAAUACUGGAAAGCUUUGAUUCAUAAAAAAGCUGAUGGAGGUUCUAUUAAAUGCACAAAUGUUCUGGUGAGUGGUAGCCCAUUUUGCUGCAGUGAAGAGGAUGCCCGAUCUAUUGUGCAGUCGGCACCAGCGCCUCUGAAUGGAGAGUCCAUUUCCCAAGAAGUUGAUGCCUGGCACUUUUUUCCCAAGUGAUCGUGAAUACAUUCUGAAGCCCCAUCAGCAAAUUUUAAAUCAUGCCUUUUUUUUCCUGGGUUUUGAAGACAUACAGACAAAUGCACUGAUUGCUAGAUUCCUGUUGAGACAACUUUGCAAAUUGUAUGAACUUUUUAUCAUGUAAAUAAACUCUGACAUAAAGUUA